CAACUUUAAGGCUCACGUGAGUCCGCACGAGAUGUUGCAGUCGGUGGUACUGUCGUCGCACAAGCGCUUCCAGAUCACCGAACAGGGAGAUCCGAUAGCAUUCCUCUCAUGGAUUCUCAAUACACUUCAUUUGGCGCUAAAAACUGGUGGAAAGGCAAAGAAGGGAAAGGGAGCCGAGGGUUCGACGGCACCGGUAGUCGACGACAGUUCGUCGAUAAUCUACGAGACAUUUAGGGGUAAAAUGAAGACCUAUUCCCGCAAAAUGAUUCCAAUGGAUAAGACAAUCGAUGAAAGGCUGCAACUGAUGCUCAACGAGGAGUACCGCGAAGUAUGCGAAGAGAUACCGUUCCUCUACCUAACCAUCGAUUUGCCGCCACAACCGCUGUUCAGGGAUGAGCUCACAGAUAAUAUCAUACCUCAGGUCCCGCUCUUUACCAUUCUCUCCAAGUUUAAUGGCGUUCAG